AUGAACCAAAGCGCGGACCUUUUCUUGCCUGGUGGUUUGCAUCGUGCCAUGAUGAGCGAGCAAGAGUUUGGGUUUGUUUUCAAGCUAGAAACGGUGGAGGUGGUAUGUGGGGGACCUGAACGCACUGAUCGACAACGGGGGUGGAUCGGAACUUACUCGGCCAAGUCUUGCAAGACCCAAGUGGAGAGUCUUUUGAAUAAACGACAAAAGCGUGUGGAAAUGAACCAGGUGAAAAACAGCGUGCUUAAAAGUUGUGCAGGCACACGAAUGUGCGCACAAGGACGAUUUGUAGCUCAGAAGGAAAAUGGAAUGGUGCAAGAGCUACUCCACUUUACGUGA